CCUAUAUCCCUAACGCGCUCGCUAUGCACAUCUUGGAGGCCUUUGAUUUUGACGUCGUCGAUAAGACUGUCUUUAAGGACAAUAAGGAAGUAAGCCCGCAGCACCUGCAGCUCAUCGCCAACCUCCGUCACGCAGCAGCAAAUAGCGAUCUUUCCGCGGCCACAGAAGCGUUCACGACUCUCCGCUAUACGAGUGCAAGCCCGAGCACGCUGCAAAAGCCCGGAAAUGCUUUAGAACUCGCUAUCGACCGCAGAGACGAGCGCAUGGUCGCCUACCUUCUGUCCGAGGGCGUUCGUGUAGGAGCGGAAGACAUGAGAGCUGCGGUUCUGUUGCGAGCCAAACCGAUCAUUCGCCUCUUGCUCGACCAUGGAUGGCCCAUUAAUGCAAAGUUGGGGUGGUACGAACCACCCGCGAUGGCUCUCGCGAUAGACGACCUCGAGCUAGUCAAAUGGUUCUUGUCUCUAGGGGCUGAUCCUAACGCUCCGUGCGGCAUCGACAUAACGCCUUUGUCCGUCGCCGUCCACAAGGGUCCUCUCGCAGUAAUCGACACGUUGUUUGCUCACAAAGGCACCGUAAAUCGCGGCCAGCUCCUACACUGGGCUGCUCUGCGUAGACAAGACGAUCGACUUGCGGUUGUAAAGCUGAUCCUCCAGAAAGGCGCAGCUGUAAAUUCGAUUCUUUACGAGAACGACGAAGACUCAUUUAUCCAGCGCAAAUCCUUCUCACUUGGUACUCCAUUGCAUGAAGCGGCUAGAGUCGGUCAUCUAGAUGUAGUACAGCUGUUGCUUGAUCACGGCGCAGAUGUUACUAUUAAAGACACACGAGGCGAUCUCCCGUAUGAUGUAGCCCUCGAG